AUUUGGGCUUAAGCCCUCGCGGAUUUGUUUUUGGGUCGUUACUCCCAAAAGGCCUCCUACUAAGUGGAAUUGGACCAGCUAUAUAUAUUAGACUUUAUUCUGUCAAAUAUCCGAUGUUGGACUUGGAUUGCCUUUUUAUUUAUUCUGACAUAGGUGAACACUAAGAACAAAUGAGCAUUGACCAAUAGCAUCAAUACAGAAUCAAACACUUUGACUAUAAAAAAAGAAAAUAAUCCUAACUUACUAAAAGCGAAUCGUAACAUGUCCACGUUGCAACAGAUCUAACGGCUAGGAAAAGAUCUCUCGUGCUCUCUCUUCAUAUACAGAAGCCACGAUAUAUUCACUCUGUAACUGCUCUGCUCAUAUUCAAAACUGAGAGAUUUUCAGAAAAAUCCUUACGCGUUUUGCUGAUCGAUGGGCUUGGUUGAUUUGAUCACAAGGGUUGACUCCAUCUGCAAGAAGUACGAGAAGUACGAUCUCGUUAAACAGAGAGAAGAAGCUAACAUCUCGGGAGACGAUGCUUUCUCUCGUCUCUACUCCUCCUUCGAAUCAGCACUCGAAACUCUUCUUCAGAAAACGGAGGAGUUCUCGUCUGAGACGAACAGAGCGAAAGCUGUAGCGAUGAACGCGGAGAUACGAAGAACGAAAGCUCGUUUGCUCGAAGGUGUUCCGAAACUACAGAGGCUUGCUCUCAAAAAGGUUAAAGGGCUCUCACAAGAAGAGCUUGAUGGUAGACAUGAGUUGGUUUUGUCAUUGAGAGAUAAGAUUGAAGCCGUACAAGACGGCUCUGCUCCUGGAAACGGUUGGGCUGCUUCAACAUCGUACACAAACAUCAGAUUCGACACGAAUGUCUCUGAUGGCAGAGUUAAUAGUGAAUAUUUCCAGCGAACUGAAGAGUCUGGUCAGUUUAAACAAGAGUACGAGUUGAGAAGAAUGAAGCAGGAUCAAGGGUUGGAUUUCAUAGCUGAAGGUUUGGAUACGCUCAAGAACAUGGCUCAGGACAUCAAUGAGGAACUUGAUAGACAAGAACCACUCGUUGAUGAAAUAGAUACAAAGAUUGAUAAGGCAUCUACUGACUUGAAAAGCACCAAUGUGAGGCUCAAGGAUACGGUAACUAAGUUGAGAUCCAGCCGCAACUUCUGCAUAGACAUCAUCCUCUUAUGCAUCCUCCUUGGAAUAGCUGCCUUCAUUUACAACUCGGUGAAGUGAAAGCUAGCAAUGCCGCAUCACACAAUACAUGCACACGCAUAGAAGCAUGUUCAUGUUAAGUGUCAAAUGAGCGAAGUUUCAGUUUUCAUCUGUCUUAUUAUACAGCCAAUCUAUCUUUGGUGUCUGCUAAACUAGCCAAAAGAUAAUAUUUCAGUUAAUAACUUAUGAUUAAAUUCACUUCAGCUGUUUCAGUUUUCUAAUUUAUUCAGUUUUUAGCAUUGUAACACUUAGAUCUGUUAUUUUAUUUUUCUUGUCAAAGGCAUCAAACACUAA